AUGGGGAAUUUACUCAACCUUGCUAUCCUCACCAUGUUGGUGGCGACGCUCUAUGGCCCUGUAUACCGACGGCUGACUGUGCUGGGAGUGCUCCGGAAAGCCACAGACGAAGUAAGAUUGGCAGCGCAACAGGCCUUCUACAGAAUCGAGGACACGAUGCAGUGUGAAGAUCUACAUUACUACACGCCUACCCAUCAGAUUUUCACCGCCUGUGAAGACUCGGUGCUGCCCCGAUUCAAGUGGUUUCCUCCCUUAGGAAAUUUUGAAGGGCCGGUAGAUUCGACUGGGUCCAUCCAUGUCAUUGAUCCCCGGACCAUGAAAUCGACGCGCCUAGCCUUUGAAAACUUCGCUGGUCCCUUAGUCACACAUGGAAUAGAAGUCCUGGAAGACCCCGACAGUCCUGAUGCCGUCUACAUCUUUGUUGUGAACCAUUUGCCGAACAUGGUGUACUACCAUGCUGGUCCACAUUCUCAGGAAAUCCCGAGGGCGUGCUCGCAGGUUGAGCUAUUCCAUCAUGUUCUGGGAACUAAUACGGCCCGGCAUGUGCGCUCCAUCAGGCAUCCGUUGAUCGUUACCCCGAAUGACAUCAUUGCUGAGAGUCCUCUCUCCUUUUAUGUCACUAACGACCACUUCUACCGUGACGGCUUCAAGCGUCACAUCGAGGAUCUCUUUCCUGCAGCCAAGUGGUCUAACAUCGUGCAUGUUCAACUGGACAGCCUUGAAUCAGAGCAGGCAGAAACCGGCGUCGAUGCUAAAGUGGCGUUGACUGGAUUACAAAACAACAACGGUCUUGGGCAUGGCCAAUCGAAGGGGGAAUUACUCAUCUCUAGUGCUACCAGCGGGAUUAUGUAUCGUGGCCGGACGAAUCCUGAAACCCGCAAUAUCUCUAUCGUGGACGAGGUUCAUUUCGAUAGUUCUAUCGACAACCCGAGCUAUUAUACGGAUCCAUAUCGGACUUCCUCUGAGGACGCCGGUGGCUACGUGCUUGCAGGGCUACUACGAUGCAUCGACCUAGCUAAGACUCAUGCCAAUCCAAAUGGUAAGGACGGUGUUAUGGUGUGGUAUACACGCCCCAAAGCUGCAAAGGAGGAAGGAGGCGUUGUAGAAUGGGAGACUCGCUUGAUAUUUGAAGAUGAUGGAACGAACAUUAGGUCGAGUAGCACGGCAUUGUUAGUUCCCAUUGAGCCGAAGCCCCAGGAGAAGAAGAAAGCGUGGCUGUUUGUAACCGGUUUUGUCUCCGAAAGUGUUAUUGCUGUUGAAGUCUUGCUGUAA